GUCACAUUUAUUCAGACAGUGUGUCGCUUGGGAUUUGUUUACGUUUAGUUAUUUUCGCAAACGAAUAAGAAUAAAAACAAUUCGCCAAGAUGUCGUAUAUGUUACCGCAUUUACACAAUGGCUGGCAAGUGGACCAGGCCAUAUUAUCAGAGGAGGACCGAGUCGUUGUCAUACGCUUUGGACACGAUUGGGAUCCGGCGUGCAUGAAAAUGGACGAGGUAAUGUACAGCAUUGCCGAGAAGGUCAAAAACUUUGCUGUCAUCUAUUUGGUGGACAUAACGGAGGUGCCCGAUUUCAAUAAAAUGUACGAAUUGUACGAUCCCUGCACGGUCAUGUUCUUUUUCCGCAACAAACAUAUUAUGAUUGAUUUGGGCACCGGUAAUAACAACAAGAUCAACUGGCCGCUGGAGGAUAAACAGGAAAUGAUUGACAUUGUGGAGACGGUAUAUCGUGGCGCACGUAAAGGACGUGGUUUGGUGGUUUCGCCCAAGGAUUACUCAACCAAAUAUAGAUACUAAGCACUAAUUUGUUUAGUACAUUAGUUUAGGCUUUAUAAAUGUUUGCGAAAAAGCUUGAUUGUAGCCCAAAAUGAAAUGUCUUUGGACUUUGGCAACUUUUGUGUAUAUUUUUCUUUUGGUUUAUUAUUUUGUUGUUGUCACAUUUCUCAAUAAUAUCGCUAACAUUUACAUCAAA